AAGUGGCUCAAGGCUCGGGUAUCUACGUUGUAUCUAUGCAUGAGCGCACUGGUCAAACAACUCGUUUCGGCCUUGGCUUUGCUGUCGUUUGAUUGCGCUGCUGUUGGGGACUUUAGACAGGGAAGAGGGGGGCAAGGCAAAUAAUAGUGGUGCUUGUGCCGCGCAAGGUUUGCCAAUCGUUCCUACAGAGGGCAUCAGAACGAGGACACGAAGCCGUACGGACAGGGAGCUGAGCAGCUUGCUUUAGUGUUUUUACGUUGCUACGGCGUCCAGCCAUUGAGUUAUUUUACGUUAAAAAAAAACAAAUCUGCGUCAUCUUACAAAAGGGCGAAGAGAGAAGAAUACGAAAAGGGAAAACGUCAGACAUGGCGACGACGUUGAGAAAAAAGCUGGUGAUUGUCGGGGAUGGAGCCUGCGGAAAGACCUGCCUUCUCAUCGUCUUCAGCAAAGAUCAGUUCCCCGAAGUGUACGUGCCAACCGUGUUUGAAAACUACGUGGCCGAUAUGGAGGUGGAUGGCAAGCAGGUGGAGCUGGCGCUGUGGGACACGGCCGGACAGGAGGACUACAACCGCCUGCGACCGCUCUCCUACCCGGACACCGAUGUCAUCCUCAUGUGCUUCUCCAUCGACAGUCCUGACAGCCUGGGUAACAUCACCGACAGGUGGACUGCAGAGGUGAGGCAUUUCUGUCCCAACGUGCCCAUCGUCCUCGUCGGCAACAAGAAGGACCUCCGCAACGACGACAACGCGAAGCGCGAGCUCGCCAAGAUAAAGCAGGAGCCGGUGAGGGUGGAGGAAGGCAGAGACAUGGCCAACCAGAUAAAUGCCUUCGGCUACAUGGAGUGCUCGGCCAAGACCAAGGAUGGCGUGCGUGAGGUCUUUGAGAUGGCCGCCAGGGCUGCGCUGCAAGUCCGCAAGCGCAAGAAGAAGAGCGGUUGUCGGCUCCUGUGAGCGUGUGACCCCCCCACCCCCAAGCCAGAAAAGGCACCAAAAUGUACGGUCUAAAGCUAUCGUUUGAGUGCAGAGCACAUGGCAUAUUUGGAAAUUCUACCCAUUUAAGCGACAGGCGGACAAUUUACAGUUUUUACUCUUUUAUCUACGUACCGAAUUUAUGUAGAAAGAGUAAAAAAAUGGAAGCCUACCACUUAGAUUGGAAGCCUUCCCAAGUGUGAUGCUGUGCAUUGCAGAAAUAAUUUGACCUACAGUCUGAGGGCAGGAGUGGUAAAGUAACCUCUUCUCACCUCUAAAUGGACUGUAUUUAAUUUUAUCUAAAUAAUGUAGCCAUUUUUUUAAAACCUAAAGUUUAGGAUAUGUUUAAGAAUAAAUUAUUAUAUAAUGCUGCUAUGGGUGACGUGAGCUUGUUUCUUAUCUGUGUGUCUACGUUGGAUGAAUAUAAAAAUGAUUUUGC